AUGAAGAAAAAGGUAUUACUGAUGGGUAAGAGUGGGUCUGGGAAAACAAGUAUGCGCAGCAUUAUUUUCGCCAAUUAUAUAGCGCGUGAUACACAUCGUCUAGGAGCAACGAUUGACGUAGAACAUUCCCAUGUUCGUUUUCUUGGCAAUUUAGUUUUGAAUUUAUGGGAUUGCGGAGGACAAGAGGCAUUCAUGGAGAAUUAUUUCGCGUCACAGCGUGAUAAUAUAUUUAGAAAUGUAGAAGUGUUAAUUUAUGUCUUUGAUGUAGAAUCAAGAGAAUUAGAUAAAGACAUGCAUUAUUAUCAAAGUUGUUUAGAGGCGAUACUGCAGAAUAGCCCAGAAGCAAAAAUUUUUUGCUUAGUUCAUAAGAUGGAUCUUGUGCAAGAGGAUCAACGUGAUUACAUAUUCAGAGAAAGAGAAGAAGAUCUGAAAAGGCUAAGUUUACCUUUAGAAUGCACAUGCUUCAGAACUAGCAUAUGGGAUGAAACGUUAUAUAGAGCAUGGUCAUCCAUUGUAUACAUGUUGAUACCCAACGUUAAGGAAUUGGAACAAAGUUUGAACCAAUUUGCCAAUAUUAUUGAUGCAGAUGAAGUUCUCUUGUUUGAAAGAGCAACUUUCCUAGUCAUAAGUCAUUGUCAGCGACAAUUUCAUAGAGAUGUUCAUCGCUUUGAAAAAGUCUCUAAUAUAAUAAAACAAUUCAAAUUAAGUUGCAGCAAGUUGGCGGCACAAUUCCAAAGUAUGGAAGUUAGAAAUACCAAUUUUGCGGCCUUCAUCGAUAUAUUUACUUCAAACACAUAUGUAAUGGUCAUCAUGUCCGAUCCAACUAUACCAUCAGCAGCAACAUUGAUCAAUAUACGCAAUGCACGAAAGCAUUUUGAAAAGUUGGAACGUGCCAGCCAGAGCUCGGCAUUGACUAGAUAGAAGUCGGCACGACCCAGGCGCCUCGUCACCCGGGUCCAUCCUAUUAAUAAUUGCUGAAUCUGCAGAAUCGUAUCAUUAAGAUAAUAAAACGUGAUUGCGAAGAUACGAUUGUUCAUGAGAGAUUGAGUCACAAAGUAUACUUCAAUGUACGGCUUUUAACUUGAGCGUUUAUGACAAAAUAAGUAUAUAAUCGACAUGUCCGAAAGAAGCUGAUGGUGAUCGCUAUAUUUCAGGUCAUAUUAGGACUGUAUCGAUAUGAAUUCAUCUCUCAUAUUAUGCAUGGAUGUAACAUGAUGCAUAAUGCAUCUGCAAUUUGUCAAUGUAGAAUAGUGUACAUACGCGCGAUUCUUUUGCCUCGUUCUAAAUCAUUUUUCAUUUUUGAUUUGAGAAUCGUUCGUCAUCCAAAUAGCGUUGUAAUAACAUCCAACGAAUGUUAAUAAUAAAUAAUCAUCGCAGCCAUAUGUCUUUCUUUUAUAUCCGCAUGAGUCACAAUGCGAUAUAACAAUAUAAGAUGAAGUAUCCACUUGAAAACGUUCAUUCUCAAAAGUGAUUCAUGACAUAAGAAUUUCCGAUGAAAUUAACCGCCUUUGUGUUCAAUUAUGUACUACUACAAUCUAUCUGUAACUACUGAGGAUUGCUUUUAAAUAUAAUAGAAAUUUUCAAGUAGCUAUAUAGCCUAUGUUGCAUCAAAAUAUCGUCCUGUACUUGUAAAAUCAAUAGUUAAUUUCAAUUUUGUAGAAGAUAGUUAUAUGUAAUAUAUAUGUUUACAUCCUUAAAUGAUACAAGAUGUACGAUGAUACGAAAUAUAACAAAAUUACAAUGUAUUUUUUAAAUGUGCAAAUAAAUUGUAACCACAA